UCUCACUGUCACAAGUUGGUUAGGCUCGGUGCUACGCUUGGGUCAAAUAUCUUAUAUUGAUUCUUCUUCUAUACUCUGUGCUUGGGUGAAACGAGAAGAGGUUUAAAUAAUCAUAUAUUUAUCAACUUAUCUCGCACAUAAAGAAAAUGGUAGCAGGACACGUGAUUGCAAUUACAGUUGGAGCAGGGGCAGCAGUACUCAUGGGCCCUGUGGCCCUGGGAAUGUUUGGCUUCACUGCUGGUGGGAUUGCCGCUGGGUCCACAGCUGCAUCCUUGAUGUCUACUGCAGCUGUAGCCAAUGGAGGUGGGGUAGCAGCAGGUGGCCUGGUGGCUUGUCUGCAGUCGGCAGCUGCUGCAGGGCUGUCUGGCACAGCAACAGUAGCACUGGGCAGUCUGGGGGCUGCAACUGGAGAAGGAGUGAGAUGGCUCUCCUCAAAGAUCUGGAAGUGAUCCCUUCACAUCAUGUAUUUAUGAAGCAAUUAUGGUUGCAAUGUCAAUGCUCUUAAAUGUCAUGAAUGAUAUCAAUAAAGGAAGGAAGUAGAAA